AUGCAUUAUAAAACAUUGAAGAAUAUCAGUGAUAAAAUUUUUAAUGAUGAAAAUCCUUCAUCAUCAAUCGAUCAAGCAGUACCAACUUCGAUGGAAGUCUGUUGUAAUGGUUCUACUGUAAUGCCUCAUGAUAUCGACGAUGUAUCAAAUUCUUUACAGCUGAACAUAUUUCAGAAUAAAAUAUUCGAACUGUUAGAUUCAACAGCUGAAGAAAAAUCUAUAGAACGUAAAUCAAAAAGUUGGAUUUUGUUGAGUGGACCAAUAUUUUUAGAACCACCAUUGCUUAACAUAUUUCUUCAAUUCUCCUCAUGCAAUUCACUAUCAUCCAGCUUCACAUUAACUGUACUUUGUUUUCUUGUCAAAGAACCACGACUAUUCGACAUUUGGCUAUCUCAUAAUCUAUCUAUUCAAGAUUAUGUAGAAUAUACUUUUCCUUUGUACAAUACUCGUGUUCGAAAUUUCUUCAUAUUAUUAAAUUGCUCAAAAUAUCUCCAAGACAAUACAUUACUUGUUGACGAAGAAACUGUUUUAAAUGAUAGUGCGCUUCAGGCAUUGAUGCACGAUCUUUUUCGUAAAGAAUCAUCAAAAUAUCGAGCCAGUGACAACCAACUUCGUGACAAAAUGGCACAACUACUAUCACCUGUCCAACGAACAACUCGUGACAUACUUGUUGCCAGAAGCUGUUUAAAAAAAUACUAUCAACAGAGCAUCACAAUUCGAUUAAAACCACUUCUUCACGAUCUUCAACGAUCAACAGCGGCUGUUGAUGCUGCUCGUCAAAUUGUUAAUAUUGUUCUCGAUGAUUUCAAAAGUAUGGAUGAUGAAGAACUGCGAGCAUAUAGAAGACUAUGCAUCUGUAGUUUUCAAAAACAUGAUCUAGAAAAUGGAAACACGAUUGCCUCUCAAUUGGUUUAUUUGGCUCUUCACUUACUUAAAAAUAAUAAUGACGAUGGAUCAAUACCUUUAAUCCAUUCAAUAGUUUUAGCCAUAUGCGAAUUAGGUUCUCACUUUUACUUACGUCAUGACAUAUUUAAUCACACUCCCGAGAUAUACACAUUAAGUUUGUUGCUUGUAACUCAACGGCAAUAUCCAUUAACAUUAUGUGGUCUUCGACUUUGUAACACUAUUCUAAAGGCUGAUCAAAACGAAUAUAAAUAUGUUACUACUUACUUAACUCAUGAUCCAUUCACAGCACGUAAAAUUUUGAAUGCGAUUACAUGGCUUCUGUCACCUUAUCAGACUCUCAAAAAAAUAUGGAAAGAAAAAGAACAAGAGCAAGAAAAUGAAUAUGAUGGUUCUGAGUAA